UGGCCUGCUAUGCGAGACCACAACGACUUACCAUUUUUGGACACUAACGCGUUCCGUUGGAAAUCAAAGUACAUUUCGCUAAUCAUCAAAGAGUGAUUUCGUGGAAGAUAUCGACAUAAAUUGUGAUCUUGGAGGUCAGGUGUUUUACAUGGCUGGGUCGGACUCUGUAGAGUGGUACUAUGUGGGGGUGGACGUGGGGACAGCCAGUGUGAGGGCUGCUCUAGUCACCAGGGAGGGCCAAGUAAAGACCACUGCAGAGGAGAUGGUCACCAUCUGGAAACCUCACUCAGACCAUUAUGUCCAGUCAUCCACUGACAUUUGGGCUAAGUGCUGUAGCACAGUCCGGAAAGUGACCCAGGGAGUGCAGAGGAAUCAGGUCAGAGGGGUAGGUUUUGAUGCCACCUGUUCCCUAGUGGUCCUGGACCAGAACUUUCAGCCUGUAGCUGUCAACCAGGAUGGUGAGGCUGAGAGGAACGUGGUGAUGUGGAUGGACCAUCGCGCUGCAGAGCAGGCUGCACGCAUCACCAGCACUGGCCAUAGGGUCCUGAGCAGGGUGGGAGGGGUAAUGUCACCGGAGAUGCAGCCCCCCAAGCUGCUCUGGCUGAAAGAGAACCUGAGAGCGACAUGCUGGAGGGACGCUGCCCACUUUCUGGACCUCCCUGACUUCCUGUCCUGGAAAGCCACAGCUUCUCUGGCCAGGUCCUUAUGUACUGUGGUCUGUAAGUGGACCUAUUGCCCCACAGAAAAAUGGGACACCAGCUUCUGGACAGCCAUUGGUUUGGAGGACUUACUGGAAAACGACCAUUCCAAAAUAGGCAGUGUGACCUGCUGUCCAGGGAGCCCAGUGGGAGAAGGCCUUACCCAAGAAGCUGCAGCCGAACUGGGGCUGGACACGGGCACCGCAGUGGGAGCCUCCCUCAUCGAUGCCCACGCUGGAGGCCUAGGUGUGAUUGGUGCAGACGUGAGGGGGUUCUCCCUGCCCUGUGAGGACCAGCCAAUCACGUCACGCAUGGCCAUGAUCUGUGGAACAUCUUCCUGUCACAUGGCGAUCAGCCAGGGGCCCCUGUUUGUACCGGGUGUGUGGGGACCGUAUCUGUCCGGCAUGGUGCCUGAGUUGUGGCUCAACGAGGGAGGACAGAGUGCUACUGGAAGACUGAUUGACCAUGUGGUGAAAGGUCAUGUAGCCUACCCCCAGCUACAGGAGCAGGCGGUGAAAGGUGGGGAGCAUAUCUACAGUUACCUGAACAGACACCUGUCCUCCAUGGCUAAAGACCUGGGGGCUCCCGUAGAGCUGCUGGCCUCCAGCCUCCACGUCUGGCCAGACUUUCAUGGCAACCGCUCCCCCCUGGCAGACCCCACUCUGAGGGGCGCGCUGGGCACCCAGCAUAUCCUAGAGGCCAUGACACAGGCAGGACAUGACAUCACAACCCUCUUCCUGUGUGGGGGGUUGAGUAAGAAUCCUCUUUAUGUGCAGAUUCACGCCAAUGCCACAGGGUUGCCCUUGGUGCUUCCUGCCCAGACAGAGGCUGUGUUGGUGGGAGCAGCAGUCCUAGGUGCCUGUGCUUCCCAUGAUUAUAGCUCCAUACUGGAGGCGAUGGAGAAAAUGGCCAAAGUGGGAAAAGUUGUUCAGCCUGACCACGAGCUCUGGAGCUUUUACAGGAAGAAGCACUCUGUGUUCCUGCGCCUCCAUGUCCACCAGAGGGAGUACAUGGCCCUUAUGAAUGACUGACUGAGAACCAAGAGGUGCCACUGUCUAACCUGUUGAAAUAGCAGACAGUAAUCCCAACACCGAGGUUGGAUUACACUGAAUGCAAUAUCAAGUAGAGACUGUGGAUACGACUAUGAUAUCAGACACCCCAAAUGAGUUUGAUUCCAAAAAUCAGCUGGACCCAGAUACCCAAUAUACCUAUUAGGAGAAAAGAGUCUGAACUCGAACGUGAUUUAUCAAAUGCAAAAUGGUGGUAACACUAUCCAUCUUGUGUUGACGCAUGGGGGAAGAUGUAGGAAAUGAAUGCAAUUUUCCAGUUUUUAAGAUGUGAAGUCCUGGCCUGAAAAUCUAAUAUGACCUACAGUACCAUCCACAGGACACUGAAGAGUUCAAAAGGCACUGACAGAAAGUCAGCCUGUGAAAAGCAAUAAAACAGUCAUCUUGAAAUAUUAUGCAAGUUUAUAAGAAUUUGAAAUUGUGCCCAAUGUCACUUUUUCACACCUAGGCCUAUUUGCUAUCAAUAAUCCCUAUCUCAUGUCCUCUCUUUGAUCUCUCUAUCAGAAACAUUAUUUCUCUGAUCUCCUCUUAUCACAUCUCAUCUCUAACCUCUCUGUCUCCUGCUGUCCAAAUUGGCCGUAGAGGAAUGUGUUGUUCCCUGUGCUGUACAGGAUCAAAGACCAUAAUCUCCUCUGUUGCCCUGGUGACACAGAGGAAUGCUCAAAUCCCACACAGCUGAGUUAACAGGACUGGUUCACGUCCAGACCCAAUGGCAGAACAUCCUGCACCAACCAGACCUGUAUUUGAUUUAUUUCUGUCCAGCUAUGUCACAUAUAGUCUCUCGUGGCGGUGGGCUGAGACUUAUUUUAGCAAAUUCAGGGUUAGCCCCAACCGGGACUCGAACCCAACACCUUAGCCGUUACACCAUGAGAUCUGAUCCUCCGUACAAGGUUGGUAGGUGUCGGGUUACGGUUGCUUUAUUGACUGCAAUAAGUAACACUGAAGUGAAACUAAAGGCUGUGUUGCUGUUGAAGGCAUUUUAUUAAUCGUUUCACUAUUAGAAGUAAGGCAGCACACCUGUCCAAAGUAUUUAAUACAUCUUAAACCUGACAACUGCACAUUCAACUCAAUAAAUUGAGUUGUCAGCUAUGUGUCUUUGAACAUGCGAGUACUACAACAAAUGCAACAUGAACACGUCCUGACACCAUAUUAUCAGCAAAAUGCUACCAGUCAAUCUGUGAUAUGAUCAGCACUCCACCAUCGUAAGGAGAAUGGCAAUCCCUUUCAUUGUCCUCAUCAUCUCCCUCUGUGGUUGUAUGGGAGGCUGUGUGACUAUAGGUGUGAUCCUCUGCUGCCCCUCAUGGCUGAGGUGUGUAGCGCAGGUACUUCCUUUCUGAAGGUAGCUCUUUGGUGUAGACCCCUGCAGGGAACAUGGCUGCUGCCUCCUCCUCAGGGAUGUUUGGAGGAACCAUCACGCGCUCACCAGGCUAGACAGAGAGAGGGAAUGAGAAGGGGAGUUAGCAGAGAAAAUAGAAAUGGGCAUAAGUGGCAUGCCAAUUGAUAUUGGACUGACAAUAGAUGCUAAGUGUUUGGAGAACAAUAAAAAAUAGUUGUGUGAUGAA